GAAGCGAUCUGCGGUAUCACAGGAACGGCAUCCGUUGGCGAUGGCAGCAAUAGUGGAGGUGUGAUGCGAGGCUUGCUGGCGAGUAAGCUCCUGCUCGGGCGCAUUACCAACCGGCGUCUCCGGGCACUGUUCAAUCGACGCAAGAUUCGGGACGUGCGGGUCACGUUCAUCGACUUCUCGAAGCCAUACCUGGCGCGCAUCUCCAGCGGUGAUAACUACAAAAGCUUCCUCAACAUUGGGAGUGCUACAGACAAUUCUGGUAAAUUGUCCGAUGCAUCUCCCGUCGGAUCGAUCAGCUCUGCCGAGAUCGCCAAUGAGUUUUCCGGUCUGUCAACCGAGGAACAGGUGGCACAGCGUGAAGAAUGGAGCCAGGAACUGGCUCGUGUCGAGGAGGAAAUUACAACACUGCGGACGGUUCUGCAAUCGAAGAUGCGGCAUGCGAGCGAACUGAAGCGCAAGCUUGGCAUCACCGUCUGGAAGGAGAUCACCGAUGACGUUAGUCAGGGAAUCAAGAAUGUGAAGGAAAGCAACGUUUAUCAAAGUGUCGAAACGAAAGUGGGAGAAAUUACGACCGUCGUGACAAGUGCACCGAUUUAUCAAAAAACGGAAAGUGCUAUCAAAACGACCGCUGGAAAAACGACGUCCGUCAUCGGUGGUAUCGCCGGAAAGAUGACUCAAAAGCUGACCGAAAUGAAACAAUCCGAUUCAUUCCGAUCUUUCGAGGAACGCGUUGGCUCGGCAUACGAAAAUGUUCGGUCCAAGGUAUCCUCGCGAUCGAGCUCUGUACAAAGCUUAUCCGAUUUGCAAGGCGACGAGCGCCGCAACUCCGUCACUACGCCGACGGCUAUCCCGGAGGAAAAGCCGAUCCCUUAAGCCAUCCCAACACGCAACCCUUUUCCUCCUUCCAGAUCACGAGCUCGUCGAUGGUUUAUAGUGUAGCCGCGAUUGCAGACGGCUUGUGGGGGGAACCUCUAUAGUGGAUAUGUCCUGACCUUUCUCCUAAGGUGCGCGGCCUAUGGUUUGAGCUAAUCGUUUUGUGCUAAUUUAUAUUUCGUACGGUACUGUGUAAUUGGAGAAGUGAGAAGUCUAGCAAAUUAUAUGCCUGCGGCAGCGCUGUAUCGCUGUUGUGUGAAAUGAGAAAUCUUAAACAAACCGUUCUAGCAGCGACCAAUCUCGGGCGCUUUGAUGUGGCAAGAGAGUGCGCUCUCUGUCUGCGGUGUCGCGCCUAGAGUCCAUCGCUAACAUCUCGUUUCGUUUCUGUUAACACAAACUUCAUAAUAAACAGUAAAACCAACAGCAAGAAUCUUAGAGCUAGAACCAAGGGCAGCGUACGACACCUUGGUCCAGUUUUCCUUUUCAAUUUAACAACGAUCGCUACUAGUGGUGCUAGAAGAAGAGCAGUUAUACGUUUCUUUAGAGUACACCUUUUAAACUCGUAUCGUAUUAAUCUAGAGGAGCGUGUUUGGUUUGCACCCUAGGUGUUAAGAAUGAACACAUGUAUCCGUUUGAUCCCUAUACAAUGAUUUUUGUUGGUUGAUAUAUUACGGACAGGCCCCUAUACAAUGAUAUUCCUCGCAAAAUGAUUCAAAUUCAGCGCUACAGCUAAGGAUUUAUAUACUUUGAACAAUGGCGCAGAAGACAGAAGAACCCUCACUUGCUGCUGUAGCAGUAAGGAACUCAACUCGAACUGAUUGUGCCUAAAGUGUUUAGCAAGAUGUAAACUAUCCUCUACCGCUGCUCCUCCUUCCUGUUAUAGAUAGCUUGUGCAACAAUCCAUAUUCACAGUAACUUCCCCUCAUAUAGCUACAAAACGCACCUUCUUCCUGCAAUCUACAGAAGGCAACAGGGAAACAGAGGGAACGGUCGUCGGAACGUGUCCUAUUAGAAUAGCGUCGUUAGGGAAGAACACAAACAGAUGAUUAUUUAUAGUCUUAUGUUCGCACUAAACGGACAUAAUGGCAAGAAUAAGAUUGAGAGAGAAAUGGUCGAGAAAAGUGAAGAAGCACAUACACGCGUAUAUUAUCUGAAUAAAACAUGAACUCUGUAAAAGUGCAUGUAAUACCUACCCUCCAUCGUUGACGUGUUCGUAUACAGGGCGUUUCGAUCGUUUUUUAUGGCAAGCGCCAAAUGCAAGUCGCUGUACACAUCUGCCCCCAGUACCAGGUGCCCAGUACUUACGCUACUAUUUCGAAACUAUUUUUGUCACUAAAAAAGCAAAAAGGUUAAUCAAGCGGUAUUUAAGUGUCGUUUUUGGGGGGAAUGGUGGGCCGAAAUUUUGAACAUUUGAAAGAGCUUUUGUGUGAUAAAACAAUAAAAAUACAGUUUCGCCACUUCUCAAACUCGUAAUUU